CCUUUUUCUUGACUUUAUUUGGGGGGUGGACGUGACUCAUGCAGAAAUUUUUUUUGCAUGUAAUAGAACUUGGUUUUCUUGAUCGGUAACGGAGGAGGGGAAGAAGAGAAUUUGGAACUGGAAAUACAUAUCUAUGUAUCUAUCUAUUCUUCGUCCUGGUCCUCCCUCUCCACGCAGCCUAAAGCAAGUCAUUUGACCUCCUAGUUUCCUCAAAUGUGGAAGAAUGGGAGAAUGUUAGAUUCAGGGCCACCCAGAAACUCAGUUGCAGGAAGGAACAGAGGUCACAGGCAGAGGGUGGGGUCAGGCUCCUCCCUGGGAAGGGAGGGCCACGAGAGCCCCACACCACCCCACGUUCAGCUAGACCACGCGAAGAGGCGGGGAAGCCUCCUAACAGCCAACGGCUUCCCGCUCGGGGCAUUUUGGGAAACAGUGGUGGGGCUCCUUCGUAAGGACUUUCGGCCCCUCCUUCUAGCUUGGUCUUUAGCUGUCUCAAUGACUGCCUGCGGGGGACGGCCCAUCUGGAGCGCUGGUUUCGUUCCACCGAGUCCCCGCGGAAGUACUGCUUUCAGAGAGGAAGGAAACGAAGGGGAAGCAUUGCCUCUUUCCAAUCCCAGCGAUGGACUGAAGGGGCGGGAUUCCUCGCUCGACAGGCAGGAGUGGGCGCCAAUCAGGCAGCGAGGCUGCAGGGCUGCGGAGCCAAGUCUUAAAGGAACCCCGUCCCUUUCUCACACUGCCGGAUGACCCGGAUGAUGGCGGUAAGGGCGGCCUUGGCCCUAUUCUUGGCGGCAUGGCUGUCGCCGCUGGUGGCCGGGACAGGCUCUCGGGCUCCCCCACCUCAGGAUGGGGAGUUCACAUUUUUGCUGCCCGCUGGCCGUAAACAGUGUUUCUACCAGCCCGCACCAGGCAACGCUAGCCUGGAGGCCGAGUAUCAGGUCAUUGGAGGAGCAGGGUUAGAUGUGGACUUCUCCUUGGAGAGCCCUCGGGGGGUGCUGCUGGUUAGUGAGUACCGCAAGUCGGACGGGGUGCACACGGUGGAGCCCACAGAGUUGGGAGACUACAAGCUGUGUUUUGACAACUCCUUCAGCACCAUUUCAGAGAAGCUAGUCUUCUUUGAGCUUAUAUUUGACAGUCUACAAGAUGAGGAGGAUAGUGAUGGCGAUGGUUGGGCUGAUGUGGUGGAGCCUGAAGAAAUGCUUGAUAUUAAGAUUGAGGACAUUAAGGAAUCCAUUGAGAUGAUGAAGACAAGGCUGGAGCGCAGUAUCCAGGUGCUGACUCUGUUGAGGGCUUUUGAGGCUCGAGACCGUAACCUGCAGGAGGGCAACUUGGAGAGAGUUAACUUCUGGUCUGCUGUUAACGUAGGGCUGCUGCUCUUGGUGGCUGUACUCCAAGUGUGCACGCUCAAAGGCCUCUUCCAGGAUAAGAGAGUUGUGCGCACAUAACCCUCCCUGGAGAGGGGAGCUGUGGGAGGGAAUGGGGGUGGGUGGGUUGGAGGGAGUCUCUCUCUCCUGUCCAGGGUCUAUUCAUAGCCCUGGGUUGAGGAACAAUUGGACUUCCUUGGGGGAAGCAAUUUAAAACUGAUCAAGAAAGGGUCAGGAGAAGCCUGGGGCACUGAUCCCUCCCUUCUGUCAAGGAUCUUGAUGGAACGGGUACUUAUGUCAGAGAUUUCUUAGGAACUAUCCUCUGGAGUUUAGGACACCCCAAACCUGGGUUGAGGAACAAUUGGACUUCCUUGGGGGAAGCAAUUUAAAACUGAUCAAGAAAGGGUCAGGAGAAGCCUGGGGCACUGAUCCCUCCCUUCUGUCAAGGAUCUUGAUGGAAUGGGUACUUAUGUCAGAGAUUUCUUAGGAACUAUCCUCUGGAGUUUAGGACACCCCAAACCUAAGCUGAGACAAAGAGGCCUGAGCAGAGAACAGCUGGGAUGGUGGGAGUUGCAGCUAGGUGAUACAGUAUGGACUUGCAGUCCUGGAGGGCUACUGGCUCCAUUACUGAAGAAAGCAAAGAGAGAGCAAUGGGGUGAAAUCUUUUGUUCCAAAGCUGCCCAGAGAUUAAGGGUUAUCUCCUCCCCCCCUCCCCCAGGUGCCUUAAGUAUUGUCCAUCCUGGGGCAAACUCCCUUCCCCAUCUCACCCUAUUCCUCUCUGGCCUUUCUGGGUGUCCCCUAAGUCAGGGUGUGGCCUCAUUCUCUAGACUUCAGGCUGAGUUCCCUCCCAGAAUGGCCAUGUGACCUUUCUCUUAUUCCUCUACUCUUGGUAUUUCAGUCCCCGCUCCCCCCCAACCAUGCCAGCUGUUCAGAGACAAAAUUAGCUUUGUGUGGGGCAGGUGCCCAGUCCCCAACAGAAACUAAGAGAUGAAGUGGGAACAAGUGGGGGCAACCCCCUUGUGCCUCACCAAGAACUUUUAAUGAAACUCAGACACUGUCAUAUGCUUGCCCAGGACUGUCAGUUUAUUGGAGACAGGAUGGGUUGUUCUCCUCCAGCCUGGUGCUGCCUGCAGCAAGGGGGAAGGCUUUGGCUCAUGGCCUACGUAAAGUUCUAAACAGCACCAGUGUGGCUGCAUCCCCAACCAGAGGACUUGACCCACUUCAAAUCAAAUGAAGGCCCUUGGGACUCAGCUGGCCAAGGGAACAAGGGCAGUACCCUUACUGGGCAGAAAGCUGUUAGCCAAGGGUAGAAAGGGGUGACUCCUGAGCCACAUGGAACAAAGUACCAGCUCUGGUUUAAUAAAUUACUCUUGGAAUCGU